AUGGAUCCCAGACACUUUGUUCUCAUUUAUAUAAGCGUGAGUAAUGCGUGUGAAUAUUCAGGCGAGGAAACGCUGGAAGGGCUCGAGGGUCUGCACUCCGACGAAACGGGUUCCGGUGACAACUCCAACGCGGGCUCCAGUGGGGCUGACGACGACGCUGCGCGGCUGCGCCUCAAACGGAAGCUUCAGCGCAACCGUACCAGCUUCACCAACGAGCAGAUCGACAGCUUGGAGAGAGAAUUCGAACGCACUCACUAUCCGGAUGUCUUCGCCAGAGAGCGACUAGCUGCUAAAAUUGGUUUACCCGAAGCCAGGAUACAGGUGUGGUUCUCGAAUCGGCGCGCGAAGUGGCGGCGCGAGGAGAAGAUCCGCAGCCAGCGGCGCAGCCCCGAGUGCGCGUUCGCCGCCCAGACGCACGCGCCGCCCCCCCCACGCCCCGCACCCCGCGCACCCAACACACCCGGCGCAGCCGCCGCACCCCACCUACCAGCCGCCGCUGAACGUCGAGAGCUACAGGUGAGCAGUAUCAUC